UAAACCACUAGCUUAAGAUGGAGUUUUCUCGGUGUGUGGAUGAUAGCUUGUUUGGCAGUAUGGACCACAUCACCAAAUUUGUUGCCACAAGAUUGCCCGAGUCUUACGACAAAAUAAAGCAAAAGAAGCUCAUAGGGUUGGUGCACAAAAUGUGUUUCGUAAUUUCACAUGCAGUGGGGAAGCUCGUGACUAGGAUUGGGAGGAUUGAUGAUGAUUAAUGGGGGGUAAGGGAGGCAGAUCCUAUUACUGCGGAGAUAAGUAGGCAACAGUCUAAGAGAAGCUGUGAUCAAGUACCAGCCGACACGGGCAUCUUACCAAGUGAGGAGGAGUCAUUUAAUUCUGACAGAGAUGACAGCGAGGGAGCUAAUAGUGAAAGUGAGGGAGAUGGCAGGGAGAAAGAUAAUGAUGAAAGCAAUAGUGAUGGCAGUUCGGACAACGAUGAUGGUGAUGAUUUUGUAAAUGAGGAGGAACGAAGUGGCACUGAGGGGAAACCAAGUAGUUAGGGAGCACGACAAGUGGUUGAUCACCAUGAGGAGGCAAGUGUUGACAUGGAGAGGGAAGUCGGAACUGAUGGAAACAAGGAUGGUGAAGAUGAUAUAGAGGAAGAGGAUGACGAAAAAGAAGGGGAUGCAGGAAAGGAAGACAAUGACGAUGAAGAAGGUGAUGGGCACGAUAAAGAGAAGGAAGAUGAUGGGCAGGGAAAGGAUGAUGUUGAUGAUGAUGAUGGUGGAGGUUGCAACGGUGACUCAGGCGACAAUGGUGGCUCCUACGGUAAUGAGGAUGUUGCAGCUGAAGAACAAGACAGCGACGAUGAUGAACAAAGCACGCUGCAAUUUCUAAUUGAAAAGAAGAGAUAUAGUAAGCCAAAAGGACUGCAUGAGGCAGCUAACAUCUCUAUCAAAGAUCUUGUGAUGACUGAGUUUAAAACUGCUGCUUCCCCAAAGCCACGCUUCCCUGUUUUUGAAGUAAAAGAAAUGUUGGAUCUUGAUUACAGAUCCGUUGCAGCCGAAGCUAGGAUUAUUUUCGAAGAGCUGUUGAGGGCAGAAGAUUUGGAUAUGGUCUUCACAUUUAAACCUGAAGAAAUAUGCCCAAAGCCGAUUCGCCAGAAAAUAAUGAGAGAAAUUGGUGCUCUAAAUGAAGUUGCAGAACCAAAGAAAGUUGGUCAAAACCAACUACCACCACUUCCGCCAUCAAAGAAGAUGAAGAAAACUUUCAGUUUCAUAUUAGAGCCAUCUAUAUGAAUGAAACAACAAUCACUACAGGAAUCAGGAACUUUGUCGUCCGCCAAGGCUGGCGGCAAAGGCAUACAUGGCAGAUGGCAACAUGUCCGACUGAAUAGGCUACGGCAAAGGGCUCUUUGCCGUCAGCUCGCAGACGGCAAAGAUGAAAAAGGCUUUGCCGUCCGCUGACAUACGGCAAAGAUCUUGGACGGCACACGUGGUAGUUCAGGUCCG